AUGCUCUAUUGAGGAGACGCCCGUCUGCCGACUCAAAGCUACCGAGGCGGAGGCGGAGGCGGCGGCAGUGGUUGGAACUGGUCGUCCCAAGAGAGAAGACAUAAGGAGAGGGAGAAGGGGAAUGGGGCAGGCGUUGCGGCGAGCUACAGGAAGCGUGCGAGGCGGCCGGCCCGACCCUCCGCCUCCUCCGGUCCAGAGAUCCCCACGGCCGGCCAACGUGGACCCGCCCCACCCCCCUGCUGCCUCCAUUGACGGCCAAGAUCCUCUUGGCAUCGCCGGUGCAGAGGUCACUGAAAGGAUUAAAGAUGAGAGUGGUGUCCUUGAAGAACGGGAUCCAAGAUAUGAUGAAAUGCUUAGACAUAUGCUUGGAAAGAUAACAUCAAGGUCCGGAGGAAAACUAGAGAUGGGUGAGGCUGGCAUAGUUGAAAGAUAUAACAGACCAAUGCCAAAACUUCGUAGUUCCAGAGAAGAAGCUGGAGCAAGUGGGCAAAAACCAUUACCCCCAGGAACACUCUCUGUCGAGCAAGUAUGUCAAAUUAUCCUCCUGCAUCAAGGCAAAGCUGUAGAUCACCCAGGAGUCAUGGAUAUCCAGGACAUUGCUAAUAAGUUUGGAGUUGAUCCUGGUCAGGUUCAACAAAUCACACAAUUUAUGUCACUGCCUCCACAAGAUGGAAAGAGGGAAACACAGUAAUGAGUUGCAGGUAGUGACCAAUUUGUUAAGAUGCUUGACAUUUAUUGUUUCGGAAAGUUGCAUGGGGGUCUUCGCUUUCGAAGAAGGAUUUGCCCUUGGGCUGCAAGGAACUUGAAGAACAAGGUUAUCACCAUCCCAUUUUUUCCAUGUGGCAUACACACUGAGUAAUAGUGAGAACUAAUAGUGAUGAGAUAUUUCACUUAAAUAGAUGAGCCUUUUGCUAUUACUUUUCAGUGAUUGAAUGUGAAUGACACUUUUGGGUGUCAUGCUGUUAUCUUGAUUUCUGCUAAUAAGUAAGCCAUGGAUAAUGAAUUGAAUAAGAUGAUGUAUUCCAUAUCUAAUUUGAGUCUGUUGUCUUGUUCCAAGUCCUUUGUCUCGGAUUAUGUGUUUCGACAGUAAAAGUUGUACUGGAGCCGAUGUUCUCGUUGAAA